CAGUGGAGGGCCGGACCCGGGCGAGAUGGUUUUCCUCACCGCGCAGCUCUGGCUGCGGAACCGCGUCACCGACCGCUACUGGCGGGUCCAGGAGGUGCUGAAGCACGCGCGGCACUUCCGGGGGAGGAAGAACCGCUGCUACCGGCUGGCCGUGAGAGCCGUGACCCGGGCCUUCGUGAAAUGCACCAAAGCCCGGAGGCUGAAGAAGAGGAACAUGCGGACGCUCUGGAUCAAUCGGAUUACAGCUGCUUCCCAGGAACACGGCCUGAAGUACCCAGCAUUCAUCGCCAAUUUAAUUAAGUGCCAGGUGGAGCUCAACAGGAAAGUCCUUGCAGAUCUGGCCAUCUACGAACCAAAGACUUUUAAAUCCUUGGCUGCUCUGGCCACCAGGAGGCGACAGGAGGGAUUUGCUGCAGCCUUGGGGGAUGGAAAAGAGCCCGAAGGCAUCUUUUCCAGGGUGGUGCAGUACCACUAGGACUGUGGCCCUGCAGGCCUGGAAGAGGCUUUGCCCCCAAGAUCAUAGCUGAAGCAGGCGCAAAGUAGCUGCUUGGGCAGCAGGGUGUAAGUCUGCUUCAUAAUUGUGUUUAUUGGCAUUACAGUAACAGGCAUGAGAGAAGGCCCUGUCUUCUCUCAUAUGUAGCAUGCAAAUAAAGCCAGUGUUCUGCUUUGUGA